AUGGGCCUGGAUCUGUUUGAUGGGUCAAGGUCAACCCAGGACAGGCCAACAGUACUUGACUGGGUCUGGUUCGCCGACCACUCUCACUUCGUCAUAGUGAAGCAAAUCCUAGCAAAGGCGAUUCAAUUAGCAGACCAAUUCAUCAAAACCACCGACGAAGCCGGUUCCUUCAAGUCUAAAUGCUCCAAACUCAAGUCCAAAAUCGAAAAACUCGUCACUCUCCUCCGCCAAGCAGCUCGAGCUAGCAACGACCUCUACGAACGACCCACCCGCCUCAUCAUCGACGACACUGACGACACCGACCAAGUCCUUGAAAAGGCCUUAGCCCUCGUCCACAAGUGCCGCGCCCACGGUCUCGUCAAGCGAGUCUUCACCAUCAUCCCUGCCGCCUUAAAGAAGGAGAGAGCUCGGAUGCUUUUGGACUUGCUUAGGGACUCGCAUCUAGAAAACAGAUUGACUUCCUCUGUUUUGGAAAGAAUUGUUUACGACAUUGCUACCCGGGUUGAUGGAUUAGAUAAAGCUGCUGAAACUGCCAAGCGGUUAUUGCAAGACAUGGUUCACCGAAUGUUGAGUGUUAAAUUUCUCUGGAUUUGGGCACUUUUCUUUGGAUUACUCUUGAAUUUUCUCUGA